AUGCCUGUUCGAGCCUCCGCUACGUCGUCUGACAAUGCUAUGAGAGGUGGUGGAGAGCUCGAAACUGACCAUCCGGGAUUGUCUUUCGACUUGUCCCCGCUCGACGACCGUCCUGGAACGGGCGGCCUGGACAUGCAGCAUACCGCACGAUUGAGGUAUUCGGACCCGUACCAGGUGCUACUCCCACUGCAGUCUUUGGUUCCAGAUAACAGCGAUGCACACGAAGCUGAACUAACAAGUACUGACGACCCGGGAUCGUGGAACGUCAUCAACCCGGCGCAAGCAGACCUUGGGUCUGGUAUGUAUUCACUGGAGCAGAGAGCGGAGCUCCUGUUUAGCGCGGAUCAUUUGCGGGUCAUCCUCGAGGAACCAAAGCUCUUGUUCUCUCUUUCCGAGUUUCUGAAAGUACAUCGACCCUGGAGACUCACACUGCUUCAGUACUACUGGGACGCAGUAAAAGCACUCCGGGCGAUGAACUUCGCCCGCGCGAUUUCCGACACGUUAUCAGAAAGACCGCUUCCAUGUAUCGGUAGCGCUGCGACUCUUCCAUCAGUGACCAUCGACGCCAGACUCGCUGAAGCUGCUAAUGAAGCUUUUGAUGACUUGGUCCGAGAGGAUUUGGCAGCUUACAUUGCCCACGUCUACACCCGUAUCGUGAGCAACAGCGUCCAUCGUCGGAUCACCGGGUCGUUGGCAACUCACCUACGAGAAGCGAGCCAUGGACUAGCAGAGGUCUUCGUCCUCACAGACCCGACUCGACAUGAUCAGCCCAUCAUUCUUGCCUCGGAGGAAUUCGCGCUGACAACCCAGUACGGCCUCAGACAUGUCAUAGGGCGAAACUGUCGAUUCCUACAGGGCCCCAAGACGAACCCACACUCGGUACGGCGACUGGCCAUUGCAUGUGCCGAAGGAAAAGAUCACAUGGAAUUGCUCGUCAACUAUCGUAGAGACGGCACCCCAUUUUUGAAUUUACUGAUGAUUGCACCGCUCCGGGAUAGCAAAGGCAUUGUGCGGUACUUUCUGGGAGCACAAGUGGACGUUUCCGGACUUCUCAAGGAUGUCAGUUCCCUCGAAAGUCUUCGUAGACUAGUGGCGAACCACACCAAGCCGGAGGAUAGCUGCAAACCUGCCAAGGUCAACCGGUUGCAAGCCAUGAAAGACUUGAGUCUCAUGCUUGGCGGCGAUGAGCUCGACGUGGUCCGACAAUACGGCGGAUAUCUGAAUCAAGGCUAUAGUCACUUGCACGAUACCGCGCCACCGCCAGUCAUGCGCAAGGAGAGAAGCCGCAUCCUCUUGCAGGGCGAUGAUGAAGAUCCCACAGAGGAUGACAAGGCUUCCUCCGGGCGCGAGGAUCACCAAGAGCCUGAUAUCACACAAGAUAUGCUGUACAAGCGUCUGGAAAGUGUGUAUAAGAACUAUCUUGUCGUUCGACCGGCGCCCUCGUUGCGGAUUCUCUUCGCCUCGCCAUCACUUCGUGUACCAGGCAUGCUCCAGACCCAUCUAUUGCAUCGCAUCGGCGGCAACUCCAAAAUCCGAGUCGACUUUGAGAAAUCUCUCCGAACCGGCAAUGCCGUCACUGCCCGCGUCCACUGGUUGAGCGUGCCCAACCGCUACGGCGAUGGCAUCGGUCGCAUGCGAUGGCUCCAUUGCACACCCCUCCUCCAUCACUCCGGAGCCGUGGGAGUAUGGGUAGUGAUUGUUGUGGAUGAAGACGAUGAAUCGACCUCUUCCUCGAGCCGGAGCAACUCCCGACUCGUACACAGUCCUUCCACCUCCGUUCGAUAG